GUUGGGGUUCUGGGGGUGGGCUCAGACAGGACUCAUCACAGGAGUUGCCAACACACAUCACCUAGUGAGACACACACUCGACUGUCUUAUUCUAUAAAACCAGACUGAAGGUAAACAUCUCUACACACGCAUUGUGAUCAUUUACACGACGUGAUGAAUAGUGAAGAAUAAUGAAGACCACAACAGCAGCAUAAAGUAGAGGAUCCACUGAUGGAACACCAAGAUGUCUCGACUGUUAAGAACUUUAUUACAGAACCUUCAUUAUACAACAAGUAUAUUGAGGGCACCACUAUCUCCACCACUCUCUAUAAAAGACUACAAUGCCAUCAAGAGUUUAUCAGUAAAUAAAAGACUACAGUACACACCAGCCAGCUUCAGAUGCUGCUCAAAUACAAGCCGUUUUGGCCCGUCAGAGCUGAAUAAUAACAAGAUUGAUGAUGAUGAUCACACUAUAUCUGACAAUGAAAAUGUUUUAACAUGUGUAGUACAGAAGACAGAUGACCUGGUAGUUGAGGACGGCCUAGACCACCUCCUGCCCAGCCAGCGACAGAAGCACUACAAUGAUUUUCUUGUAACUAAAGUUUAUGACUGUCAAACAGCCUCUGAAUUAUUUGACACUCAUAAUCGAUACAAAGAUGUGAUGAAAAUACGACAUCUUUUAGCGAUAUUAAGGCAGCUCAGUAAUCUUGUCUGGCGAGGAGAUGAGAAUGGACUGGGGCUUCAGGAAACAAGAGGCUUUCAAGAUCUCUGCCGGGAAGUGUAUGUGUUCACUCGACAGAUGGAACACGACGAGGUGUUGGAGGUCUUGAAGCAUUUGUGUAGAUUAGAGGUGUCAUCUCAGUCCAAGCUUGUUCAGAGUGUGCUACAGAUGCUGAAACAUUACAUCAAUGACUUGGAUUUGAGACAAUUGGUGUUUCUAGAGUUCUUAUUGAAGAAGAUGCCAGCAACAACGCUGUCUGAUGCCCUACAAACAGCUCUUCCAGUACUUAUUGACAACUCUCUCAAAGAAGAACCUUUACAACACCUGUCCUUGAUGGAACUCUCACAAAUAUUGUCCAUAUGUGUACGUGGCACGGUCCGUAACCUGGGUGUAAUAUUGCAAGAGAUAUAUACGCGGGGAAGCAUCACUAAGGCGUCUUCGGCAGUGAGCAUCAUCUGGAGCUUGACGGACAUGUAUGUAAGACGUGGGAAGAAGAUGACGCUCUCUAGGGAAGACAACUUGACUCGUGAAGUUCUAAUAAAAGAAUGCUUGGAGGCAAUAGCUAGGGAUAUGACAUCCCUGAAUGGUCACCAGAUUGAGUCAACACUCUCAAAAAUAUGCGACGCUUAUGGGAAGCGGGACUUUUGCUAUUACAAUGAACGUUUUCUAGAAGCUGUAUCUAUCCACACGGUUCAUAAAAACUUGGAUUUCAUGUUGCUCAUAUUAUCAGAAAAUUACUUCGUAUGAAUUACACUUCUGAAGACCUUGUAUAUUAUAUGGUGAAUUUGGUUGUGGACAGCCCACAAGAUGUGUAUGAAGCCAGGGUGGGAGUGAUGCCACUGUUUGCCAGUAUUUCUAUAUGUGAACACCUCCCAAGU